AUGAAAUCCGGUUUUAUAACCGAAUCACGCAAAAGAGCUUUAUUCGACAGUCUCAAAAACCUGGAACUCUUAGAUUUACAGGAUAAUUCUAUUCAUCAUUUCCCAACCACUUUAUUCAAAGAACAAACAAAGUUAAAGUUCCUUUACCUUAAUAACAAUUGCUUAUCAUCCAUUCCCAAAGCAGUGACACAUUUACGAAACCUCAAAGAAUUAUACAUUCAAAGUAACAAAAUCAAGUCAUUAGAAACAUCCGACUUUCGUGUACUUCGAAGUCUUAAAAGAGUAAACAUUUUCAUCCAAGGAAACAUUUUAGAUUGUGACUGUAGUCAUAUUUCUAUGCUUCGUUGGAUGAAGAAUAAUCAGCAUCUCUUUGCGGAUCUUAACAAAACCGAUUGCAUCGAAAAAUCUUCGAAUUUCUCAGAACUCCUUGAAGUAAGACAAUUUGGUAUUUUCGAAAAGAAAUGCCAAACUGGGGUGUGGUUGAUUACUUCUUCCUUGAUGUUGUUUUUUGUAACAAUUGGACUGGUGGUUAGAAUUGCUAUCAAUAGAUACCGUGUGCAUGUUGACUAUGUCGUUUUACGUCUGCGUAACAGAUGGAAAGGUGUGGUACGUUCAGAUGAGAGUAACACCUUCAAGUUUGAUGCUUUCAUAUCGUACUCUGAAGAUGAUUACCAGUUGGUUUGCACAAGAAUGUAUCAAGCGCUGACAAAUUUAGGAUUUCAAAUUAACAUUCCCGAUAAAGACUUUAUUCCUGGAGAGAAUAAAGCUGAACAGCUGGUGCAAGGUAUUGACCACAGUCGGAAAGUUGUUUUUGUCAUUACAAAAAAUUUCCUAGACAGUGGUUGGAAUUCGUACGCCGUCCAGAUGGCGGUGACCCAUGCUUUUCAUAACCGUCGAAAACGAUCCAUCAUAGUGAUUAUCAAGGACAACAUUCCAAUAGAAAGAAUGCCGAAAGACUUGCGAUAUAUCUGGUGGUGUAUAAUCAGUAUAAGAUGGCCAGAGGUUGAAGAGGUACAGACGAUGGACAGUUUUUGGAAAGACAUUGCGGACGCCUUACGUUUACCGUAAAUAUAUAUAUAUAUAUAUUUAUAU